UAUGCAAAUCGCGAGGAAUGGAGAGCCUUGACGCCACGUUCAUCCGGACCAUCUCCGCCCGCCCAGUACGUCACGAUACGCUUCCAUGGCUCAGAUUCACCGAUAUUACUUAACUGCACUCUAGUUCCUGCCGCUUUUUUCCCCUACGACGACCACACCAUGCAGCGUCUUCCUAGCCUUCCGGGAGAAAUCGUCGACGCAAUCAUAGACGAAUGUCACGCAGAUUCCCAUACCCUCGUUUCAUGCAGCCUUGUCUCUAAACAAUGGUUUGCAUCGAGCCGGUAUCACCUCUUCUCGACCAUCGAAUUGUCAUCAAAAAACUCGAAGAUUUUCUCCAAACUCUUGGGAUCGCCUCUCUGCACCAUCACGCCCUUCCUGAAUGAGAUCUCUUUCCAUGUCCAAGAUGACGUCCAAUGGAUCCUUGAUCUUCUCUCAGAAGGAUCUUACUUCGGCACUGUCAAGACGCUCAACGUCUUUUUUUAUGGCGUCGACCUCAAAAAUUCGCUCCGGGACGCCAUCUUGUCUCAUUUUUCAUCUAUUACAUACUUGCGCGUUUUUGCGGCCACCAUGGCGUGGCGUAGCCUGGUUCCAGACGUUCGUUUCAUCUGCUCAUUCCCGCGUCUCGAGAAUGUCCUUCUCUAUGGCCAUCACCAGAGCGACUUCCACAUUGAUUCAUCGGUCCGGUUACCGCCAAACAUCCGCGCAUUAAAGCUCGACCUUCCGAGCCCUGCUCUGGACGGAAUCAUGCAGUGGUUGCUUGCACACGAGAAACUUCCAACAGUUUCUUCGCUGCAUAUCUUCCGAGUGCAAGCGGGGCAUUGUGCUACUCUUGAAAAGUAUACACAGGCUUGUCAAGACACGCUAGAAGAUCUUAUGAUUCUUCUGCAUAAGCGGAGCGCCGAGGAAGAAGUCAAUUUUGAUUUGCGACCCAAUACAAAUCUUAACAGCAUCUUCCUGUCAGCCAUUGGCCCGGAUGCUAUCAAAGCGGCGGGAGCAGUUCUAUCUUCUCUUUCAUCGCCAUACCUGCGAGAUGUGAUCUUGCGCGUUCCAUACGUUCAUCUACGGCAAGAAGGAUGGGGGGGUCUCGAUGCGAUGCUAGCGUCCCACAUGCAGUCGGUUGCCUGUACAGUUGUUACCGACGAUACUCGAAAUUACGGCCCUGAAUUAAGGAAGAGGUUGCCCACCUUGAAUGCAUCUGGAGCGCUUCAAGUCGUCGCUCAGAGCCGCUCCAAGAUCGCAGCUCACUAUUUAAACGAUGUCUACUCUCGGUUUAAGCCUUUGUCUCAACUGAGCGUCCUUUCUUCGAGUUGUACUAUCUGCUAAUACAGUUUGAGUUGAGUAUAUAUGUAGCCACCCACCCACACUCAAUUACCCAUUAAUUAGGCCUAAAAUAUUGCGUCAAUCGAUACUAAUUGUCCAUUCCA